AUAGGAUUGUAAACACUCAUCCAACUGUUGUCAAUCAUGCCACGAAAUGAAUUACCUAGAAACGAUCCAAAUACUUUGACCACCAUGAAGACGUCUGAAUCCUUUUUUUCGAAAAGCACACAAGAUAGUAUUGAAUCUGUAGGAUGUACGAUUGUGGAAAACGAGGGCAAAAUGGAACAAGAUCAAGUUGAAAAGGGUUCAUGUCAUGUGCCUAGAACAUAUCCACAAGCAUGGAUGGUAUUAUUCUUCUUGGUAUUGUUAAGAACAUCUGUGCAAGUCUUUCAAUUUACGUUUAGUGUGGUACCUACUAUCACUUCAGAAUUUUUUCAUGUUUCACUCUCUGCUGUCAAUUGGUUGGCCAAUAUACAAGGGUUGGUUUAUGUGAUCAUUAGUUUUUUCACUGGUUGGAUUUUUGAAAAAUUGGGUGUCAAACCAUCGUUAAUAAUAGCUGGUUGUUUUAUUAGCGUUGGAGCCACUUUACGGUAUGUGGCUGUCAUUCUUCAACCCCCAUCUUUCGCUUUGGCCAUGGUGGGUCAAACUAUUGGUGCCAUUUCAGAUCCUUUAUCACUGAAUAUUAUGACCAUGUUCGUUUCUACAUGGUUCACAGAAAAUAGGCGAGCAACUGCUGGCAUGUGUAUUGCUGUAAAUCUUGGCGCUAUUUUAGGAUUAUUUAUGAUUCCCAAUAUUGUCAAACAAGUGAAUCAUAUACCAAUGAAUACAUUGAUUAUAGCAUUAAUAGCAGGAGGAUCGACAAUUCCAUUAGUAUUUAUGCCAGCCAAACCACCAACACCACCUACUUUGAAAAUGUCAGGAGAUGAUAAAGAGACCUUUCAUCAGAAACCAUCCUUUUUUCAAGGAUUAAAAUUACUUUGCAAGAAUAUUGAUUUUUGGCUACUAUUUCUUAUUCAUGGACUAAAUGUUGGUCUAUCGGUUGCAUUUAGUACAGUUUUUACUCAAAUCAUUUCCCCCUUUGGAUAUACUGAUGCACAAGCAGGUCAAUUAAAUGCUGUGGCCUUUUUUGCUGGUACUUUAGGUUGUGCCGUGGCUGGACCUGUCUUGGAUAAGACAAAACAACAUAUAUUAUUUCUAAAAUUGAUUGCACCAAUGGUUCUUAUUACUGAUCUUGGUUUUGUAUUCAUGAUUCAACGUGACGCAUUUGCAUCAGUAUUAUUUGUCACUUGUUUGAAUCAAUUCUUUCUAUCGUUCCUUGUACCAGUGGUGGUUGAAUUGGGUAGUGAAACUUCUUAUCCUGUUGCUGAGGCUUCUAGCAAUUCCCUUCUUUGGCAAGGAUCUCAGAUCUUUGGCUUUGUUUUUGUUCUCAUCAUGGAUAGCUUACGUGCAAGUGAUCAAGCGUUUCCCCCAAGGAAUAUGUUUAACGCACUUGUCUUUCAAGCCGCAACAGCAGGAGUUAUGAUGAUAUUAAGUCUUUUGUUCCGUGGAAGGAUGACACGUUCUGAAGCAAUUCAACAGCAACAAAUGGAUAAUCAUUCUUCUGCGGCAUCUAUUCUCACAAUGGCUACAAAAACUUAAACUAUCAUUAUUAUCGAC